UUAUUUUGUUGAGUUUGACCAGAUAGUACCGUGGUAUCCAGCCAACAGUCUGCUGCCGAGUAUCUGAGGGGGGGGGGACUCGGUUAAACUGGUUUACCUGUCUAACCCUGGGGAGUGUGCGUCCGGCCGAGAGCCAUGUCUCCAUCAGUGCCCCUCCAGGAGAUGAUCCGGGCCAUCAGGUCGGCCCGGACGCAGUGUGAGGAGCGUGGUGUCAUCCAGAGGGAGUGUGCAGCCAUCCGGGCGCAGUUCAGACAAGCUGACAAUGGUGGACGGUCGCACAACCUGGCCAAGCUGCUCUAUGUGCACAUGCUGGGCUACCCCGCUCACUUUGGUCAGAUGGAGUGUGUUCGGAUGAUUGCCAGCCCUCGGUACAGUGAGAAACGAGUGGGAUACCUGGGAGCCAUGAUGCUGCUGGAUGAGAAGCAGGACGCCAGCCUGCUCAUCACCAACUCCAUAAAGAAUGAUCUUUCUCACAGUAGCCAGUACGUGCAGUCUCUGGCUCUGUGCACACUGGCCUGCAUGGGUUCAGCUGAGAUGUGCAGGGAUCUGGCACCAGAGAUCGACCGGCUGCUUCGAGCCUCCAACUCCUACAUUAAGAAGAAGGCUGCACUCUGUGCUGUUCACAUUGUGAGGAAAGUCCAUGACCUGGGAGAACUUUUUGCCCCCGCUGCCCGGUCCCUCCUGUCUGAGAAGAACCACGGUGUGUUACACGGUGCUGUUGUGCUCAUCACUGAACUAUGUGAGCGCAAUCCAGAAGCACUGGAGCGCUUCAGGAAGACGGUGCCAGAUCUGGUUCAGAUCAUGAAGGGUCUGGUCAUUUCAGGUUAUUCUCCAGAGCACGACGUAGCAGGAAUCAGCGAUCCCUUCCUACAGGUGCGCAUCUUGAGGUUGCUCAGAAUCCUGGGGCACAACAAUGAAGCAGCUAGUGACGCCAUGAAUGACCUACUAGCUCAGGUGGCAACCAACACCGACAGCACUAAGACUGUGGGCAAUGCUGUUUUGUAUGAGACUGUCCUCACCGUGCUGGACAUCAAGUCAGAAAGUGGCCUCAGGGUUUUGGCAGUGAAUAUCUUGGGCAGAUUUCUCUUGAACAACGACAGGAACAUUCGGUACAUAGCCAUGAUGUCUCUUCAAAAGAUUGUUGGGACAGAUCACAUCGCAGUCCAGCGUCACAGAGGAACCAUAGUGGACUGCCUGAAGGACCCUGACGCUUCAGUCAAACGCCGGGCGUUGGAGCUCUCCUUGGCCCUGGUGUCAGCCUCUAACAUUCGCUCCAUGAUGAAGGAACUGCUCAUCUUCCUCUCCUCCUGCCCCCUUGAACUCAGGGCUCAGGCCGCCAGUGGCAUUUUUAACGCUGCCGAAAGGUAUGCACCUUCGCAGCGCUGGCACAUUGACACCAUCCUGCAUGUCCUCACCACGGCAGGGGGCGAUGUGAGGGAUGAAACAGUGCCCAACCUGAUCCAGCUCAUCACCACCGCCUCAGAGCUGCACUGUUACACCGUCCAUAAGCUGUACAGGGCUUUGCUCACUGACAUCUCCCAGCAAUCCCUGGUCCAGGUGGCUUGCUGGUGCAUAGGGGAGUAUGGAGACCUGCUGCUGAAAGGAGACUGUCAGGAGACAGAGCCUGUUCAGGUGACUGAAAAUGAUGUCCUGGAUGCUUUGGAGACGGUGCUACAGUCACACAUGUCGUCCCCGGCAACUAGAGGCUUUGCUCUCACGGCCACCAUGAAACUGAGCACACGUAUCACUGAUAAUGUGGAUCGAAUCCGAAGCAUCGUCAGCAUCUACGGCAGCUGUAUAGAUGUGGAGCUCCAGCAGAGGGCAGUUGAAUACAACGCGCUGUUCAAGAAAUACGACCACAUGAGGGCGGCAGUGCUGGAGAGGAUGCCUGUGAUCGAGAGGAACUCCCCGGGUCACACUAAUGGAGAGUCAUCAGGGGAACUCGUCAAGGAGGUCCAGCCCGUUAAAGUAAAGGAGGGAGAUGCAGCACCAACCCAACAGCCUGCAAACCAGGUGUGUGAUCUCUUGGACCUGUUGGGUGGAUCUGAGGAGCCUCUAAAGCCCACCUCAGCACAAAGUGGUCCAGCUCCGGGCCAACCCAUAAACACAUCCAACAGUAGUGGAGGAGACCUGCUGGAUCUGCUGGGAGGGUUAGAGCCCGUGGCCUUCACACCAGCGCCCACAGUGACGGUGUACGAGAAGAACGGCGUGACUUUGACUCUAAGUUGUGAGAAACAGUCGGACUCCAGCAUGACGGUCACACUCACAGCCUCCAACUCCACCGACUCUGACAUCAGCAGCUUCACCCUGCAGGCGGCCGUGCCCAAGAGUGUCCAGUUACACAUGAAGGCCCCCAGUGGGGACUCGCUUCCUGCACACGGCACAGCUAAGGUCACCCAGACGGUGGUCCUCAACAACCCAAACAAGGUGAACCUGAAGAUGAGGAUCCGGGUGUCCUACACCAGUCGAGGCUCUGCUUUUCAGGACAUGGUCCAGGUCGACUCCUUCCCUGACAGCAGGUAGUCGUUCUCUCAGGACUAAAACCGUCAGAUGGAUUUCUCUGAUGUCAAAUCUCCUCACACUUCAGUCCGAGCUGCUGUUUCAGGAUCUUACUGAAUUUUUUUUUCCACUAAAGAGCACUGUUCUUUCACAAAUCUAAUGAGCGUAUGCCAGCGCAAUAUGGAAAUACUAAUGAAUUAGUAUUUUUUUAGGAAUAUAACUCUACAUUAAGCACCAUCCAGUUUUUUACUACAGCUUGAUUGUAUUGAAUGUUUCAGUCCAUGAGUUUAAUGUGGCUGCUGUCUGUCAGUAUAAGCCUCCAGAUCAACGCCCCUUCACAGCACUCCUCCAAAGUGGUGUUCCACUUUAUUACACUACCAAAUGAGCCACUACUACUAGAAUGAAAAGCUCUGAUCCAGUUCAUUUGAUUUUAUUGAUGAGUUUUAAACACAACCUUGUCUUACAUUCACCGUUCCCCCGUCAGUUGUGAUUUCCCCGUGCCUUUUGUCAAACAAAUGUAAUUUUACACUGUUUUACAGGCCAAUGAGUUGUUUUACAUGUAAACAGAUGUCAUAUAUACCAGUUGGUUCAUUUCCAUACAAGUGACACCUACUUAUCCUCUCGGUUAUCUCCUUUAUUGUUUACAGAGGCCUCUAUUGGAGUUAUUUUGUUGGGGUUUUUUUGAAGAUUAUGUAUAGAGAUAGAACACCAUACUGUGUAAAUGAUGUGUAUUUUAGAUACGUAAACAAGCACAACUACAAAUUUGAAGCUUGUUGAGAACUUCUUGAAACAUACAGUACUGUGCAAAAAAAA